CGAGGCUUGAAACGCACAUGCGUUCCACUUCCGCAGCGCGUCCGCACAUCUGACUCCCUCACUCCGCACUUAUAUGGGCGAGGAAUUGGUCAGCGCUAAUAAUAACCAGGAGAAAGUUGACUAAAUAUAGAAACAUGCAGCGGCUUUCCGUUCUGCUCAGAGGCUCAGGUCACAACUUGUCAGCGUUCGGACACGGGAGGAAGGUUAUCAGAACAGUUAACUCAAACGACAACAAGCCCACUCCUUUCUCACGUCAAUUCCGCGCCCGUGUUGCUCCCGCCGUCAUCUCGGCAUCCAACCAGCGAGCUCGGCAAUACUCGGGGCUCUGUGGUAACGCCCACUUAAAGGACCGAUCCUUCUCCAGACCACGCCCACUAACUUUUCGCACGCUUUCCCAGAAGUUCACACCUUUUGCCACGCCCAGAGGCAAUUCUCCUUUUACAGGUGCCCCAAGUCAUCGCUUUACGUCAUUGCUGCACUGCGCUUUCUUCUCUUGCUCACCUGGCCCUAAGCUUUAUUCCUCAAUGGCUUCCAGUGGCAAAAUUGACUUGAAUUCACCUACCACCUGCUGGAAAGAGGCAAAAAGUUACUUAAAGGGCCUAAACAACAAGCAAAAGAGGGACCAUUACAGCGUGAAAGAUUUUAUCAAAUUGAAGGAAAUACCUGUUUGGAAAGACACUGCCAAAAAAGCGAACAUCAAACAACCGGAGGAGGGGAAGUAUCCCAAGAACAAAGCUCUGGAUGACAAAAUAUCCCUUUUUAGGGGAGACAUAACAAAACUGGAAGUUGAUGCCAUCGUCAAUGCAGCGAACAGUUCUCUGCUUGGAGGUGGAGGAGUUGAUGGAUGCAUACACCGAGCUGCUGGCCCUCUCUUGAAGCUGGAGUGCAGCUCUCUUGGUGGCUGCCAAACUGGACUGGCCAAGAUGACCUGUGGAUACCUACUGCCUGCCAACUAUGUGAUUCACACAGUAGGGCCGGUGGUACAAGGAGACCUCGGAUCAGCUCAGGAGGAAGACUUGAGCAACUGCUACCGGAACAGCCUGUUGGCUGCAGUCGAGGGCAAGAUCCGCUCCUUGGCUUUCCCUUGUAUUUCCACCGGAGUGUUUGGGUAUCCGCCUGAAGCAGCAGCUGAUAUGGCCCUGAAGACCAUACGGGAAUUUCUGGAGGAAAAUAAAGAGAAGUUUGACCGUGUGAUCAUCUGCGUCUUCCUGGAGAAAGAUGAAGAGAUUUAUCUCCGUAAACUGCCUGAAUAUUUCCCUUUGGCCUAGAAGAGACGGCGCCCCCUGUAGGAGGGGUAAGAAACGGACUUGUGCAUACUCUGCGUUUCCCGCCUGUAAACUCUAAGAAUCGCGUUGGAAUCUUUCCACCCGGAAAAUCUCCCUCUUCUGCUCGUCCCGUUUCCGUCAUUAUUAUUAGUAAAGUCAAUGUGAUCGAUAAA